AUGAUUGCUUCACUUCUCCUCACCAUCGCCGACUAUGAUGCUCCUAACCAAUUUGUUCAAGACCGUGCUGCUAUCCGAAUCACUCAUCCUCCUAGACGUGAUUACGAGAUUGAACCUCAAAUUAUUGGCUUGGUUAAACAAAAUCAGUUCCAUGGCCUUACUACUGAACAACCGAUGUACCACAUUGAUCUUUUUGAAGAAAUCUGCUCUACAGCAAGAACCAAUGGAAUUCCCGAAGAUUACUUGAAGUGUAAGCUUUUUCCUUUCUUUCUAGCUGACAAGGCUCAUAGAUGGUUAAAGUCUCUACCUCCUGGAUUGAUUACUAGUUGGGAAGGAUGCAAGUCAGCCUUUCUCAACCACUUCUACACAAAUUCGAGAUCCAACUCUCUUCGCAACAAGCUGCAAAGUUUUCAACAAGGACUGGUCAAAUUUUUGUAUGAAGCAUGGGAACAUUUCAAGGACUAUGAACAUAACUGCCUCCAUCAUGGUUUUGCUCAAGGUAACCUCUUAAGUAGUUUCUAUAGAGGACUACACCCUAAGUAUCAACUUUCACUCGACACGGCCAGCAAUGGAUAUUUUACUUCGAAUACUGUUCAAGAAGGACGAGCUCUCAUCGACAACCUUGCCGCAAGUAGUAGCAACACUUGUACCGAUUUUGAUAGAACCAUCCGUUCUAGCAAUUCCGAUGCUAAGGAGAUUGCUGAUCUUAACAACAUGAUGAACCAACUUCUAAGGAACCAACAACGUGGAGUAAAAUCUUGUGAGACUAUUAACAAUGGAAACAUGGAGCCUUUCCAAGAAGAUUCUUAUGACCAAGAAGAAGAAGUCAACUAUGUUGGUGCUCAAGGAUACUACCAAAACCGAGGGUACAACAACAACUUCAACAACAAUUUUAGAAAUACUUCUAAUCUUUCUUAUAGGAGCCCAAAUGUGGAGAAUUCCCAAGAUCAGAAUUAUCCUCAGCAAGCUAACCGCUUUCAAGGCAAUAAUUUCGGUGGAAACAACAACAACUUUCAGCCAGAAGCUCAAUUCAACAACAACAAGCCACCUUUCCAAUCCGGACCAGCCCAGGCGCCUACCUCUCAAGCUGAUGCCUACGUCGAUAUAAAGAUGCAAGAACUCCUUGUUGCUUUUCAAAAGCAAUCAAGAGAGAUCAACUCAAGGAUGGAUAACAUCUAUACUGAACUGAAUGGGAAGUUUGAAAGCAUUUCUAUCCAUGUCAAGAAGCUUGAAACUCAAGUUGCUCAAACCGCUAAUGCCGUCCCACGCCAAGUUGGUGUACUUCUGGGAAAACCCGAAGAGAAUCCUAAAGGAUAUUGCAAUGCUAUCUCAGCCGUACCAGCCUCACCUACCGUGAAGCCAAGCCUAUGGUACCACUCUUUGACUCUCAUGAAGAUGUUAUUCGCAUGA